CCAAAUACUUUUAGACUUUUACUCGAGUAGUAUUUUACUGGGUGACUUUCACUUUUACUUGAGUCAUUUUCUAGUACUUUUUCCACCACUGUCAAAAUAUUUGUGGCCCGUUGCCAUGAGAACAGGGCAACCAGUGGAACACAAACAACAUUGUAAAUACCACGUAUAUUUAUUUGUUUAUUUAUUUACAUACUAUUCGUACUACAUCUAUUUGCACAUUGCUAAAACACUGGUAAUAUAACACUUGAAAUGUAUUUGAGAUGUUUCCAUUUGUUGUUUGGGUUGUUUUUUUAUUUUUUAUUUAUUUUAUUUCACCUUUAUUUAACCAGGGGGGCUAGUUGAGAACAAGUUCUCAUUUGCAACUGCGACCUGGCCAAGAUAAAGCAUAGCAGUGUGAACAGACAACACAGAGUUACACAUGGAGUAAACAAGUCAAUAAUACAGUAGAAAAAAGGAGAGUCUAUAUACAUUGUGUGCAAAGAGGCAUAUUGUCAUCUCAAUUUUGUUUCCAUGGCAAUAAAGUCCAUUUGAAAUUAAUUCCCUUUAUGUACGUUUCAUAUAAUGUUAUAAUAUUAUGAUUGAAAUCAAAUAAAAACAAUCGUUAAAAAGUGAUUCACUUUUUGCAUCAAAUUUUAAAUAAACAUUUUACUCAACUGCGUUACCCACUCCAGUCAGCAGAUGGCGGUCUGGGAAUUUAUGGUUAUGCUGUUGGUGUGACGUAUAAUGUAGUGGACGGAACGCUUCUUUCAACAGCAGCAACAGUUCGUCAGACAGCUCGGUAGCUUGCUAGACAAAAUAGACGAACCAAUAUAGCUCUUUCGACGCUUUGGUGUAUAUUAGCCACUGUGUUUUAAACAGACUUCUGUCGUCUAGUUAGUUAUCCGAUUUAAUUUCAUAUUUACGUUGUUAUUGGUCAGCUAGCUGGCUGGCUAAGUUAGCUUUAGCCUAGCUAGCUAACUGUUAGCUAACAUCACCGACCAUGAGCUCCCUAAACUACUCUCCUCCUGUUGGAGAAGAGGAGGUCUGCUGGACGGAGAAAGAGGGUCGGUGGCUGAACAUUGUCGUGAAAGAGGAGGAGGAAGAGGAGGAUGUCACAGUAACAAAAGUAGAGGAAGUGGAGGAUGUUACAGUAAAACAAGAAGUAGAGUGUGAGGAUGUUACAGUGAAAGAAGAGGAAGACGCGUUCAGAGUGAAAGAGGAGGUAGAUAUUACAGUAAAAGAAGAGGAGGGAGAGAUAACUGUCAUAUUGGAAGAAGAAGAAGAGGUUGGAGAACUGAUUAACACCAGAGAGAGACAAGACUAUCGUGGAUCCUCUGGGGAGCCUCAACAACAUCAUGAUCCUGACGAGGCAGAGAAGAGUCUCUCCACAUCAGAACUCCUCAAUAAACCCCAGCAGAGACCCACAGGGAAGAAAUAUCACCACUGCCCAGACUGUGGGAAGAGUUACUCAAGAUCAGAUUCACUAAAAGUACACCUGAGAAUUCAUACAGGAGAGAAACCUCACUGCUGCUCUGACUGUGGGAAGAGAUUUACCUCUUCAGCAGACCUUAAAAGACAUGAGAGAAUCCAUACAGGAGAAAAACCUUAUAGCUGUAAUCAAUGUGGGAAGAGUUUCACAACAUCUAGCCAGCUGACUAUACACCAGAGAACACACACAGGAGAGAAGCCUUACCACUGUUCUGACUGUGGAAAGCGUUUUCUUAAGUCAGGACAUUUAAAAUCACACCAGAGAACACACACAGUAGAGAAACCUUAUAGCUGUGAUCAAUGUGGGAAGAGUUUUACUCACUCAAGCUGCCUGAUAGUACACCAGAGAACACACACAGGAGAGAAACCUUAUAGCUGUGAUCAGUGUGAGAAGAGUUUUGUUACUUCUAGCCGUCUGACUAUACACCGGAGAACACACACAGGAGAGAAACCUUAUGGCUGUGAUCAAUGUGGGAAGAGUUUUGUUACAUCUAGCAGUUUGAUUAUACACCAGCGGACACACAGGAGAGAAAUCAAUGUGGCAAGAGAUACUCUGGUAAAAAAUCUCUGAUUAACUAUCAGAAAAUACAGCCUCCCGAGUGGCGCAGUGGUCUAAGGCAUCGUAGUGCUAGCUGUGCCACUAGAGAUCCUGGUUCGAGGCUCUGGGCUGGUGGAAUAGAUUCCCAGUGUGGAAAGAGGGUUCAGUCAGUUAGGGAACCUAAUUGUGGAAAGACAUUUUCUAGGACACAGGACCUAAAAUAAGACAAUAUAGAUGCUGUGUUCUGACAAGUUUUUGGCUGAGAAUGUUGUUGAUGCCUGAAAACACAUGAGAGGGAACACACAGUAGAAAAACCUGUCCAAUGUUCCACUAUGAUAAUGUUGUUGAUGUGAAAUCAUGUUUGAAUGAAAAUCUUACUAAAACAAAAA